CUGGAGAGGAGUCGGAAAAGGCAGAAGAAGGCAAGGAAGGUACAGAGCCCUCACUGUCUGCAGCUGAGGUCAAGUUGGAAAAGCCCAGCAGUUCUGAGGAGAAUUCCUCCGCCUCGGCUGAAGGGGCCCCUUCUGCUGCCUCCAGCACUGGUGCUGCGGCCACCCCCACUGGAGGAGCAGGAGGAGAGUCCGAGGACAAGGCAAAAGCGGCCAAGCUUGCCGAGGAGCCUUCCAAAGAGAGCCCUGCUGCUCCAGACCAGGAGUCCACGGAGGAACCCAAGGCACCGGAGACCGACCGUGACCGGCUUGUCAAGGACGCACAACUCUCCACGGCGGCUGCGGCAGCUCUGGGUGCAGCAGCUGUCAAGGCAAAGGACUUGAUCAAAAGGCUCACCAGCUAUUAUGGCCUAGCACUGCGAAGCAACACGGACAUCAAAGACGUGAAGAAAGCAGUGAUGGCCACCUUUCAUAAUGUUUCAUCGACAGAUGCAGAACCUUAUCACGAGCUCUGUCCUUCCGGCCCUGCUUUAACAAGCACAUCUUCCCAAACGAAUCUCAUGGAUGCAAAUGGCCAAGAAAAUGCAAGCUUCAAGGCAAAAGCUUGUCUUCUUGAGCAAGAAAUUAAGUGUUUGAGUGAUAGGCUGACAAAUAUGGCGACAGAAAAACAAGAAUUGGAGAAGAAUCUGGCAGAAAUUUGCACAGAAAAGUCGUCUCUGCAAGGAAGAAUAGAGGAUACUGAAGCAAAGUGUAGUGAACUUUUCCAGCAAGUACUACGUCAUAAAGAAGAAUGUGCAACCAAGCAUGCACAAGUGGAGCAAUUGGUUUGUGAAAAUGAUGUGCUGAAAAACGAAGCACAGUCACUGAUUGAUUGCAAGCAAGAGCUGAAUGAAAUCAUGGACCAGAUGAAGGCAGAGAAGCAAGAAUUGGAAAAGACGUUGUCAGAAACUUGCAAAGAGAAGUCUUCUCUGGAAGCACAUGUUGAGAACUUGGAUGCCAAGCAAACUGAACUUCAUGAUGAGCUUGUAUGCAAAAAACAAGAAAACACUGCCCUGCAGGCUCAAGUUGAACAGUUUGUCCUUGAAAAUGAAAUGCUGAAGACCGAAGCACAAUCGUUGACUGAUUCUAAGAAAGAGCUGAACACAAUAAUGGAGCAGCUGAAGGCAGAAAAGCAAGAGUUGGAGGAGACGUUGGCAGAAACUUGCAAAGAGAGGUCUUCUCUGCAGGUAAGCAUUGCGAACCUCGAGGCCAAGCAAGCUGAACUUUAUGACGAGCUUGUAUGCAAGAAACAAGAAAACACUGCUCUGCAGGCUCAAGUUGAACAGUUUGGCCUUGAAAAUGAAAUGCUGAAGACCGAAGCACAGUCAUUGACUGAUUGCAAGAAAGAGCUGAACACAGUGGUGGAGCAGCUGAAAGCAGAGAAGCAAGAAUUGGAGGACACAUUGGCAGAAACUUGCAAAGAGAGGUCUUCUCUGCAGGUAAGCAUUGUGAACCUCGAGGCCACGCAAGCUGAACUUCACGACAAGCUUGUAUGCAAGAAAAAAGAAAACACUGCCCUGCAGUGUCAAGUUGAUCAAUUUGCUCUUGAAAAUGAAAUGCUGAAGAACGAAGCACAGUCAUUGACUUAUUGCAAGAAAGAGCUGGAUGCAAUCGUGGAGCAGAUGAAGGCAGAGAAGCAAGAAUUGGAGAAGGAGUUUGCAGAAACUUGCAAAGAGAGGUCUUCUCUGCAAGUAAGCAUUGAGGACUUCGAGGCCAAGCAAGCUGAACUUCAUAAUGAGCUUGUAUGCAAAAAACAAGAAAACACUGCCCUGCAGGCUCAAAUUGAGCAAUUUGUUCUUGAAAAUAAAGUGCUGAAGAAUGAAGCACAGUCAUUGACUGAUUGCAAGAAAGAACUGGAUGCAAUCUUGGAGCAGAUGAAGGCAGAGAAGCAAGAAUUGGAGGAGACGUUUGCAGAAACUUGCAAAGAGAAGUCUUCUCUGCAAGUAAGCAUUGAGGACUUCGAGGCCAAGCAAGCUGAACUUCAUAAUGAGCUUGUAUGCAAGAAACAAGAAAACACUGCCCUGCAGGCUCAAAUUGAGCAAUUUGUUCUUGAAAAUGAAAUGCUGAAGAACGAAGCACAGUCAUUGACUGAUUGCAAGAAAGAACUGAAUGCAAUUGUGGAGCAAAUGAAGAAAGAGAAGCAAGAAUUGGAGAAAAAGUUUGCUGAAACUUGCAAAGAGAAGUCUUCUCUGCAGAUAAGUGUUGAGAACCUUGAGGCCAAGCAAGCUGAACUUCAUGACGAGCUUGUAUGCAAGGAACAGGAAAACACUGCCAUGCAGGCUCAACUUGAACGCUGGGUCCUUGAAAACGAAAUGCUGAAGAACGAAGCACACUCAUUGACUGAUUGCAAGCAAGAGCUUAAUGCAAUCGUGGAGCAGAUGAAGGCAGAGAGGCAAGAAUUGGAGAAGGAGCUGGCAGAAACUUGCACAGAGAAGUCCUCUCUGGAAGCAAACAUUGGGAACUUUGAAGCCAAGUGUACUGAACUUCAUCAUGAGCUCCUAUGUAAGAAACAAGAAAACACUGCCAUGCAGACUCAAAUUGAACAAUUGGUCUUAGAAAACGAAGUGCUGAAAAACGAAGCACAGUCACUGACUGGUUGCAAGCAAGAGCUCAUUGCAGCAGUCGACCAGAUGAGGGCAGAUCAGCUAGAAUUGGAGGAAAAGAUGGCGCAAACGUGUGAAGAAAAGUCUUCUCUGGAAGUAAGGACUGAGAACCUUGAGGCCGAGCUUUCUCAACUCCAUCAUGAGCUCCUAUGCCAUAAACAGGAAAACACGGCCAUGCAGACACAAGUUGAACAAUUGGUCCUUGAAAAUAAUCUGUUGAAAAGGGAGACACAGUCCCUUGAUAACUGUAAGCAAGAGCUCAGUGCACUUAGUAGUACACUCUCUCAUGUGAAAUUGGAAAAAGAAGACAUUGAAAAGAAGGUUGCAGAGGUGCAUUUGGAGAAAAUAACAGUAGAAAAAAGGCUGGAAGACCUUACAACCAACUUUCACAAGCUUCACCAUGAAUCCAUGCAACAUCAGAAGGAGAAAUCAGUGCUGAACACAAAAUUGAACAAAGUUUGGGAAAAAAAUGAAGCCCUGCGGUCAGAACUUGAUGAAGCUCACUGUGAAGUGGCUGAGCUUAAGUCUUCAGUGGCCCAUCUGCAUAAUGAAAUUUCCAUUCAUGAGCAGCUGAAGCAGGACAUGCUAAAGCAACUUGAGGACUUUGGAGAUAUACUAUUACUCAAAACAAGCCUGGAAGAGAAACUCUCUUCAGCACUUGUUGAAGUUGACAGCCUUCGGAGUAGCAACAUGGAAUUUGCCAGGGAAAUGACUGCACUGGAGGAUGCAAAUAGGACAGCAAGAAAUGAUAUUGCUAAGCUGCUGAAAGAAAGAGAACAACUUGAAGAAUUCAUUCAGUCAUGCCAUGAAAUUAGGAAAGGAUUAGAAGUCAAGCUUUCAGAUGCCACACACAACCUUGAUAUCUGGAAGGAAAAGGCAGAAGCUUUGUCUUGUGAAAAUCUUCGCCAACAUGAAAUGCUGACAGACUAUACUCGGCAGCUUGAAGCUGCUGUGCUUCGUGCAGACAAGUACAAAUGUGUGUGCAGUGAACUUGACAGACAGAAGAGGGAGUUACGUGACCAACUGAAGCAGCUGUCAGAAGAACUAACACAAGUCAAGGACGAGAUGCAGGUGGCUGCAGAGUUUUACGAGAUGAUGGUGUCUAGGCUAUCGUGGUGGCUGUCUUUAGACCAUUUUCUUUCUUCAAAUUGGGACAUUCACGCAAGGCAAAUAAGCAACUUAACUGAGCAGCUCAACUCCAUGGCAGCUGAUGCUGAGAGAUGGAAGGCAAACUUUGAGGCUCUGCAGAUGAGAGUUGCACCAUUCCAGGAGCAGUUAGAGCUGUACGAGAUGGAGAAGCAGCUUCUUGAGAAGAGGAAUGAAGCAACGGAGAGUGAGCUGUCCAAGCUGUACGGAAAGGUCUCCGAAAUGAUGGGUCACCAAAAUCAUAAACAAAAGAUCCACUACUUGAGCAACCUUCUGGAAGAGCAGCAUAAGUCUAGGAAG